AUCCGUUUCCUUUGCCACUGUACAGCACAACAGCUUGGGGGAGCAAAACACUUAGCAACUCUAACAUUAAAAAGUUUGCUCAAAUAAUAAAGUUAGGUUCGAAUAUCUUUGCUGUCGGAUGUGGAAGCACUGAUGGAUUUGACGUAUGAGAUACAGCGGAGAGGCGGAGGUGGUGGUGGGCAUAGCAGACAAACCUGGGGCUCGCUAAGCGGUUCCCCGGCUCUGACCGGUGGGCAGUCUCGCCGAAGGAAGCUGCAACCCCGGCCGGCAGAUUACAAAUUGCAGGUCAUCAUCAUCGGCUCCCGCGGAGUCGGCAAAACCAGCCUGAUGGAGAGGUUCACGGAUGAUACUUUCUGCGAAGCGUGCAAGUCCACUGUUGGGGUUGAUUUUAAAAUCAAAACUGUAGAGCUAAGAGAAAAGAAAAUCAGAUUACAGAUCUGGGAUACAGCAGGGCAGGAAAGAUUCAACAGCAUUACUUCUGCUUACUACAGAGGAGCCAAGGGAAUUGUAAUAGUGUACGAUAUUACCAAGCAGGAGACAUUUGACGACUUGCCAAAGUGGAUGAAAAUGAUUGACAAGUAUGCUUCAGAGGAUGCAGAACUUUUACUAGUUGGAAACAAGUUAGACUGUGAAGCUGACAGAAUAAUCACUCGACAGCAAGGCGAAAGGUUUGCCCAGAGGAUAUCCUGUAUGCGAUUCUGUGAAGCGAGUGCGAAGGAUAAUUAUAAUGUUGAUGAGAUAUUUUUAAAACUUGUUGAUGAUGUUCUAAACAAGUUGCCUCUAGAACUUCCCAGGAAGGAGCUGUCCAACAGCAUCCUGUCUCUUCAGCCAGAGCCUGAGAUCCCCCCCGAGCUGCCUCCUGCCCGGCCCAACCUGCGCUGCUGCUGAGUGGCCUGUCCGCAAAAACAGUAGCAUUGUGAACCAUUCCUGUCAGGCACAUCCAGUCAAAUGUCAUUGUGGAGGAGGGUGCUAAAGCUUGCUGCCAAGUGAUAACACUUUAUUUGUGACUUGAAUUACACAACAAUAAGGCAUUUUACAUGAACAUACCGUUUUUGUUGAUACAUGCUAACAAUAGACACUAUUACAGGUGUAUUUGAAAAUACGCUGCACCUGCAUGACAACCUAGAUGAUUGAUUGCUUGAUUGAUUGAUUGAUUAAUAACCAAGGUUGCUGCAUUCAAGGAAGGGAGCUCUUUUAUAUAUUUCUCUGGCUUAUAUAUUUUUCUUUAUGCAGUUUUGUAAGUCAUUGAAAUAUCUGUUAGUUUACCUCCUCCCACACACUGCGUUUUUUUUGGCUGAAGCUGGUACGAAUGGUUAAUUUAUCCAUUUUGCACUACAAUCAGUUGGCUGUAGUAUGUAAGAGGGAUACAAGGACAAAAAUCAAGAAAGCUACACAUUAACUUGUAAUACGUGGUGCCCAUUUUGAUGCACUAUAUAUCAUUAGACAGUAUCUUGAGUCAGGAUGUGUAUAUUUUCCUGUAAAAUUUUCUGAGCUGUUAAAAACUUGUGUUUUUUGUUUUUUGCUUUUUCAAAUGUAACAUGAAACAGAUUCCUGCUUUUUUGUCAUGUUUGAGCCUGCUAUUUCAGUUACAACUGUAGUGCAGAGGAGAAGAGGAUAGGUAGGCUAAAUAUUAAGGUUUAAUGAAGUAUCAUAGCAUUUUAAAAGGGACAUACAUUGACAUUAUAGACCCUCUUUGGUUUUGGUAAGGGCACUGAAAAUCAGAGUCCUAUUCAGAAACAACGCUUGAGUAUGAAAAACCAUUAACCCAGCACACUUAAUUGAGAUCUAACACUCAAGUGUUGUUCCUGAACAUGGUUGUGAAAUUAAUCAAAUGAAACUGCACUCCCUGUUUUGGAGGAUUGUGCUGAAGUCCCUAAAGGCUGUGUUUAGCAGGUGAUGUCACUGCAGUGCAAGAUUCUUUGUUCAUGACUGGUCCACACAGUUUGUAUGACCAGAACAAGGUAAUCAGACUAUUAUUAUCAAACAGGGUGAUGAUUUUCAGUCAGUGAAGUAAACUGUUCCAUUGUAGGACCUGCCUGUAAGAAAUGCAAGGUCUCCUUCAGGUAAUUGAUGCACACUUUGAUGAAUGGCAGAGAUUCAUUAAACACUUCCUGUAUUUUGCACAAGCCAUUGCUCCUGGUUACCCAGGUUAUAUAACUUUUAGUGUUUAGGUAAGUGAUGAAGAUUGCCACUCAGUCUGUUUUUAUCAUGUAAACAGUAAUUCAGCUAUAUUUAAUAAUCAUUGGUAUUUGGCUGCAUUGCGGAUUAACACAGUUUAGGCAUUAGUUCAGUUUGUAAAGCAUGGAUUGGUUUGCCCAAAAUAUACAGUUUAGGAAAUAGGCAUGCCCUCAGCAAAAUGGGACAGAUUUUUUUUUCGCUCGUUUUUAGAUGCAGUAUAAUCUUAAAUUCUUCUUAAUCCUUUGUCAAAAUAAAAAAAAGAUUCUCAAUUGUCAUCUCUUUUCUGUAUGACUUUAUUGGUGUCAUUUUGUAGGGGGAAACCUGCAGAUUCUUUUAACAAUUAACUUGCCGGUCCAGAGAUACAUGUAAAACUCUUUUCACAUCAAUUUAGCAAUAUGCAUACUGUAAUGCUUAACACUUUAGGUGCGGUUGAAUGAAGUUAUGUAUUCAAAGUUGGCAUGUUUUUUUAUGUUUUGUUUUUUUUGGUGGUAUUUAUAACUAUUGUGGUAUUCAUAAACUAAUGAUGUGCAAAUAAAGUUUUAUAUUUAUUUCGCAAUAAUAAAUACAAUGAAUACUUUUUUUGUUUGUUUUUAACAAUAAUCUAGCAGACAUGAAUGCUAAAUCUUCAUCUGCUGUAGCAGGUUGUUUUUGAAUAAAGUCUUGGGCCAGCA